CUCAGUAAUUAACUUGAUCGCCGAUAGAAGACAGUUACAUCAAGGCAGUAUGGCGGCAGAGAUGAUCAGCUCCGCUGUCGUGGGAGAAACGCUGAACAGGGUCGUGUCGAGGCUGGUCUCCGGCGGCAGCCACAACGACGACGGGAUGAGGGGUAAUAGCAUGGAGAGGCUGGAGAUGGCGCACAGCAGGAUGGAAGCCGUCCUCGACCUCUCGACGCGGUGGCCGGUCACCGACGUGUCCCUGCUCCGGUGGCGACGCAGGCUGAAGCGCGCCACGGAGGAGUGCGACGGCGCGCUCCGGCGCCGGCGCCGCAAGCAGCGCGCCGUCGAGGACGAGGCGGCGGCGGUGAGCCGGUCCUCGUUCCCGCGACGCGUCGCCCACGCGGCUAGGUCGUACGUCGUCUCGGCGCUCAUCGGCGGCUACGACUCGUCGUCGAGCUCAGACGUCCGGAGAUUCGAGAGGGUCGCGGACGGAGCGAGCGAGUUCCUGAAGCUAGUCGAGCUUGGCGGGACAACACGGCCACGGCUUGCGUUCUUCGACGACCCUCUCAUCGGCCGUAUCAUGGCCGGCGAGACGCUGAGGUACCUGGCUCUCCGGGGCAGCAGGUUAUACUACGUGGGCGCGCGGCCGAUGAGCUUCGAGGAGCGCGGGGUGGAAGCCAUGGUGGGGUUCGUCGUGCAGGAUUUUGAGGCGCCGUCGAGGAGUUUCAGCGUGGGGCUCAUGAUGCGCCUCUCCGAGAGUACCGACGUGCUUGGCACCAUGAUCGAUUGUAUGCAGUCAGUUGUCACGUCCCACUUCAGGGUUGCAGCUGAAGAGGUAAGGAAAGAGCUCAUUCAGCUGCCAACCCAGGAUUUGACGUGGGUGGCACGCUCUCCUUACGGUCACAAUAAAUACUGGAUCGACGUCCACACCACCCUCACCCAGUGGUAUCGUCCAAACCCGCUCUGUUGUACCGAACACCAACACAGCCACCUGGACGACAUGGGCACGUCGCCGUCGCCGGCGACGCCGCUGUCCACCACGUACCCGGAGCAUGUCAUCGCGCUGCAGCUGCAGUGCUACGUUCCGGCGCCGACAACUGAUCAAUCCCCUAAUGACGACCAUGGGCGUGAAGAACAGCUGCUGCCACCGCCCCUGAACAUGAAGCUGAGCAUGCUGUUCAUCCCCCAUGACACCCCGGAUCCGGAGGAGGAGGACGACGACGGCGAGAAGCACGGCGGCUCAUAUGGUCACCACCACCAGAGCCGCGCUUUGGAGGUGAUCGACGAGGAGGAGCGAGACGGCGGCGCGUGCCAGCUGCAAGACGUCGACGAGCGGCUGCUGCCCAGGGCGAUGGAUCGCCUGCGCAGGAACGCGGCGUCGAGGACGUACCAGGUGUGCCUGACGUCCGGCCACGGCGCCGCGCACAUCUGCGUCGAGAAGACGUCGCCGUCGACGGCGAGUGCCAGCGGAAGAAGAAGAAGAAGAAUAAGAAGGAGCAGUACAGGCGGGGCUGCCGCCGCCGCCAGAUCGGCGGCGCGGUCGUCGGUUGGGACGCGCCAAGGCGAGACGGCGGAGAAGAGACGGGAGAGGUACAGUAUAGAGGGGUGGCGUGAGUCGGCGAGACAGCUGCUUAAGCUGUGGGUGGUGCGCUCGUCGGAGAAGCUGCGUGGCUCCGUCAGCUCGUGGACUACUGAACACUACUACAAAAAUACCCCUCAGUGUCAGUUCUUAAGUUCUAAUAGGUAUCGGUUUCAGGCCCAACACCUUUAGAUCGGCACCAAUGACUAGUUCCAGAACCGGCGCCUAUAAUAUUAUAGGUGACGAUUCUAUCAUCAGAAUCGACACCUAUAUGGUACUAUAGGUGCCGGUUCCUUUAAAUAACCGGCACCUAUAAAGUGUAAAGGCUGACACUUGUACUCACCACAUAGGUGUCGGUUCUUAUAAAGAACCGGCACCUAUAAUAAUAAGGGUUAAGUCCGAUUUACCCCCUAAACUCUUGCGAAAGUACGCUGUACCCCCCUAAACUAUAAUACCAGACAUAAUACCCCCUUAAACUAUUUAAUCCGGACACUUAACCCACCCUCCCCCCCCCCCACGACCAAUU